AUGGAAAGCAUCGGGUGCAGCAGCCGCAUGAGACCAGAACUGAUGUUUCUGUCCUCUCGCACCAUGGGAAUGUUCGGCGUCACAACAGGACUGCACACGAAGAGAACUCCAUGCGGACAUCGCGAGGAGGACCCUUUGUUCGUGACCGAGGGAGAGGCUCUCCGUGUUCCUCUGCUGCCCGACAACUACGGGGACGGCGAGGAGAGUCCCGCGGAGUACGUGUGGCUCAAAGGCGAAAGCCAGGAGAUCGGGACGUCCGAGGAUGAGCGCGUGCAUCACCACGGAGGACAGCUCUACUUCCUGCCCCUCGUCUUCAGCGACUCCGGGGUUUAUCGCUCCUCUCUGCUGCGUUGGAGUUGCAUUCCUCACGGUCUUCUGCUGCUCCUCACUGCCCGCACCUCUGUGCGUCCCUCUGGUCUCCCGACUCAGGAUUUCGGACACAUUCCGAACGAGUCGGCGGAAACCGUGCUGAUUCUCAAUGCGUCCAAGCGGGACGAAGGCAUCUACACCUGCAGGUGUACAUGGGAGCACGCGGGGCGUAUCUUCAACUCAUCGGCAUCCAGGAAGUUAAUAGUGAAAGAUCCCUCCGCCACCUAUAGACCAGUGAUUCGCGCUCCACUCAACCACACUUCUGAGACCGCGCCACCAGGUUCGCAGGUGAAGCUCGCGUGCUCGGUGUUCUUCGGCUUCAACGUGCAGGACUUGUGCGUGGUCUCGUGGCUGGUGAACGGGAGCCAAGUGCAGGACCUCAUCGAGGAGGCCAACGGCUCCGCUGACUGCGGCCACAGCGGCUACGUGGAGGAGAACGCCAGAAACACGGAGCGCAACCAGGUCGUCUACAAGGCCACGCUAACCAUCUGCAAGGUGUCAGAGAAGCACUUCCACACGGAGUUCAAGUGUGUAGCCAUGAACAGCAACAAAUGGGACUGUGUGUUUGUGUCCUUGAAGAACCCAGAAAUGAUGUCCACGCACGUUGUGAUAAACCUCACUCUUCUGGGCUUCUUCAUCCUCGCUCUCGUCACCUCGAAGGUCUUCAUGAUUGACCUGGUUCUCUUUGCGCGUGACGUUUUAAAGACGUGCCACAGUCAAGAAGAUGGGAAGGCGUACGACGCUUUCGUCGUCUACCAGACGCACAACACCGAGAAAGCAGAGGCCGAGAAGAUCUGCCACUUUGUGGCCAAGGUUUUACCACGUGAACUCGAGCAGAAGUGCGGCUACAGGCUCUUCAUCCUGGGAAGGGACGACCUACCGGGAGAAGAUCACAUGGAGCUGGUGUGGACCCGCGUCCGGCUGAGCAGGCGGCUCAUGAUCAUCCUGACCCCGGGUGCAAAGGGUGAAUGUGGUGGCUCAAUCUCCGAGGCGUACGGCGCCCCCACUGGGCUGGCUCUGCACCAGGCCCUGGUGCACGACGACCUGAAAGUCAUCCUAAUCACCAUGGAGAGAACGGGCCAACUGGACCGCCUACCCAGGGAGCUGCAGCACCUGGUCCGGAAGAGCGCCCCGCUCCUGUGGAAGGAGCAAGGAUGCGGUUCUAGAAGGUUCUGGAAGCAUGUGCGGUAUCUGAUGCCCCCCGGUGCCAUGUCCUCACAUCCUGAGAGCAUAAGGAGCCUUCUGAGCCAAACUGAUAUUUAG